AUGGAAAAACCUACUAGACCGAAAAGUAAGAAUAAGACUUCUGCAGCAAAGCCAAAAUCUGCGAAGAAACGAAAAAGUGAUGGACCCACGUGCUCAAUGUUCUUGGCUGAUUUAACGAGGAAAUUAAUGUUGAAAAAGAAAGAGGACGCCGAAGCGCCCACAAACAUAGUCCAAACAAUAAUUGAAAGCCUCACUAACGCACUACCGGUGAAACUGUCCAGAAAAACACCACCUAGAAAAGAUUCGCCUAUGAAAAUAGAAGCGUUACAGGAAUACGCACCCGAAUUACUUUCGAAUGACACACUUGAUAUACCUAGACCGGUAAUUAUUAUUGCUGAUGAACCAUCCAGUGAUACUCUUGGUUUAAAGAACAAUUUGAAGAUACCAAAAAUGCCACUAACAAGCAGUGACGUGUUCAAAGCGCCAGAAAGGAAAAUUAGAAUUCCAACUGAAGAUGUUGCCGUUAAUACUGGAAGUGAUAAAGAUGUUGCGGGUGAAAUUGCCAAAUAUGUAAGCACGUUGAAGAGGAUAUCACUUAUUGCUGAAGAGUUUAAUCAGAAGACGGCCAAAAAUCUUAAAGAAAUCGUGGAUAGUGUGCAAGAAGAUCUUAUAAAAAAAUUGGAAGAAAUUAAAACGGAACAAGGAGCGAAGCCAGCCAGUAAAAUAAACCUUCAAAUUGAAGCAGCGACUGCAUCUAAGAAAUGA